UGGUCAGAUGUCACUCUUUUCAGUUAUAUCGUUUCUGUCACUCUCUGUUUACAUAUCCUCCCUUUGAAAUGGUUUAUAAAAGUUGGAACUUGUGUUCAAUGCGUUCAUUCAUCACUUAUAGUAUACAAUAAUUAUUAAUAUAGUACACAAUAAUUAUUAAUUCGCAUAUUUUUUUUCUAUAUUCAUUACAUACACUAAUCGUAUCAAUAAUGGGCAAGACAUAUUAUUGCGACUAUUGCGACAGAUCUUUCAAGGAUGAUGUGGAAGCUCGUAAAAAGCACCUGUCCAGUUUGCAGCAUGCAAAAAAUCGAGCGAAUCAUUAUAGCGUAUUUAAAGAUCCAGAAACAAUAUUGAAGGAAGAAUACGCGAAGACUCCGUGCAAACGUUAUAUGACUGUUGGAGAUUGUGCUUUCGGUUUGAGUUGCCGAUAUUCACAUUACACGCCACAUAUGAUAUGGGAACUUCAACAGCUCGUUGCGAUGAAAAAUUUUAAAAGUUUGACAGUUCAACCUAGAGGCGGAUGGCCAAAUUCGGAAGACAUUAUUAAAGAAUAUUUCGAGAACGUGCUGGACUUGAGCGGUACCGAAGAGCUUAAUUAUCCGGUAUGGAGUAUGCCGUCAAGAUUAGCGAAUUAUCCUUAUUUACCGCCAUCCUUGCAACCCAUUACGUCAGAAAGUUUGAUUGACUGCAAUUUUAGCAAAUGGGGUUGAAAAGCCCACUGUACACUUGACAUAUUUUUAAAAAUAAAAUAAGCACACACGU